AUGACUAAAGUUAAACCAUGCGAAGUCGACUGCAAUCCAUCAACUUCAGGAAGUCGUGUCGGAUAUCUGAUAACGAUGGCUGCGAAGGUAUUUGGCAUUGUUUCAAAACGAUUUGACCGAAGUCCAUCAUUGCCAUCAACUGAAGCCAGCUUAGAAUUCGGUGAAAAAGGAGCUAAUCUUCCAGAUGUGAGUGAUUGCCUUGACUCAAAGAAUUUUCUCAUCUGAAU